AUGGAUCUGCCGGCGAACCUCACCUGCUUUACCCUCUCCACCCCCGCCCCUCUGGAGACCAACCGCAGCUUCGACGCAGAAGACCCGCGCCCCAGCCUGCGCCCGCUCUCCGUCUUCGGCGUGCUCGUCCUCACCGUGCUGGGCUUCCUGGGGGCAGCCACGUUCGCCUGGAACCUGCUGGUGCUGGCGACCAUUCUCCGCGUGCGCACGUUCCGCCGCGCUCCGCACAACCUGGUGGCGUCCAUGGCCGUCUCGGACGCGCUGGUGGCUGCUCUGGUCAUGCCGCUGAGCCUGGUGCACGAGCUGUCCGGGCGCCGCUGGCAGCUGGGCCGGCGGCUGUGCCAGCUUUGGAUCGCCUGCGACGUGCUCUGCUGCACGGCCAGCAUCUGGAAUGUGACGGCCAUCGCGCUGGACCGCUACUGGUCCAUCACCCGCCACCUGGAAUACACGCUCCGUGCCCGCAAGCGCAUCUCCAGCGUCAUGAUCACGCUCACCUGGGCGCUCUCCGCAGUCAUCUCCCUGGCCCCGCUGCUCUUCGGCUGGGGGGAGACCUACUCUGAGGGCAGCGAGGAGUGCCAGGUGAGCCGCGAGCCCUCCUACACCGUGUUCUCCACCGUGGGCGCCUUCUACCUGCCGCUCUGCGUGGUGCUCUUCGUGUACUGGAAGAUCUACAAGGCGGCCAAGUUCCGCGUGGGCCCCCGGAAGGCCAACAGCGUCUCCCCCGUAUCCGAAGCUGUGGAGGUGAAGGCCUCUGCCCGGCGGCCCGAGACGGUGUUCGCGGUCCGCCACGCCACUGUCACCUUCCAGACAGAAGGGGACACGUGGAGAGAACAGAAGGAGCAGAGGGCCGCCCUAACGCUGGGCGUCCUCAUUGGGGUGUUCGUGCUCUGCUGGACCCCCUUCUUCACCACGGAGCUCGUCAGCCCCCUGUGCUCCUGUGACAUCCCCGCCACCUGCAAGAGCGUCUUCCUGUGGCUCGGCUACUCCAACUCCUUCUUCAACCCCCUGAUCUACACGGCCUUCAACAAGACCUACAACAGCGCCUUCAAGAACUUCUUCUCCAGGCGCCGGGGACCGUGA